AAACUACGCAAAAGAAAGAAAAGGAAAAGCUCAUCAUGUUUAUGUAACUCAGUCAGUCUUUAUGUCGGCUGGCUUCUUUAUUAGCCUCUCUACUGAGCACCACUGGACUAAGUUACAGACUGGUCUAUAUCUCAUGAUAAAGAUCUGACAAGGAACUGCAAGAUGAAUUUUCCUGAAUGUUCAGCAACUCUGAUUCAAAUCGAAACCGAAACCAGGCCAGAACUACUGAAACAAGUGAAAAAGUACAUCACUGACACCUUCGAUGACAUCAAAACAGUGAAAGACUUUUGUGACACUGAACCAGAAUGGACCUCUAAGAGGGAGUUGGAGAUACAGAAGAUGAGAGCCAAAAGUUGUGCAGAUGCAUUCUUCCAUUUUUUGGGAGUCAAUAAGCUGAAGGCAGUUAUGAAGGACACUCUAGAGGGUCUGGAGAAACUUCAUCACUUUCUGGGCGCAGUGGAAAGGCUAGCAGUCACCUCACUGUUUGUGUUCCUGGAUACGAGAUUCCCAAUAGAGGGGGUGAAUACAGAGGCCGUAAGAUCAGUGAUCUCAACAGCCAGAACCGUGUCUCCACACCUGAUCCACUUCAAGAGAGAUAAUAAAGCUUUCUUCUUACCUGAACAUGACAAUGUGGACCUUCUGGUCUAUCAGCUACACAAAUACAUCUGCAUCACAAAAUGGCUGUGCAAGAAAAUGAAAUCCAAGAACAAAUUACAAAUUCAGUACAGCCCUUCAUGGUCCAGUUGGAGUACAAGAAGGUUGCCUGAAAAUGUGACUGAUCACGUGAGCCAGCUGAGCAGAAUUAGAACAGACGAGUCAUUCCGGCUGACAUUUGUAGUAAAUACUCAGGAGUUCACCGCUCAGGAGUUCACUACGAUACACAAAGAGUAUAAUUUUAAGAUGUGUGAGUCUCUAUCUAGUCUAGAAGAGAAUGUAGCUGGGCUGGACCACAGGAAGGACAUAACCAGUGCCUUGACUAUAAUAGGUAGUUUUAUUGGCUAUUUGGGGGGUAUCUUGUCCCUCUCAGGGCUGGAUGUUUUUCCUGCAAGGACAUGCCUGACUUACAUGGAGAUGGGAGGUGCAAUGGGGCUCACAAGUGCCUUGAUUUACUUUGCCAUAGGCAUCAUUGAUUUUGCAGUCGAUGUACAUUUUAAGGAAAAAGCCAACAAGAACAUCCACAACUUCAUGAAGAACAUGCAGAAAAUUGUAGACUGUGUAGAGCAGGCGGCUAGUAGUCAGCGUCCACCGCCACACCUGGAUGUGGGUAAUGUGGAACUUGGAGUUAGGAAACUGAUGAGUAGUGUUCAGAAAAUAUCCAAAUGUUUUGAUGCUGUCAUGGACAUGGCUUCAGUUGGGGUAUCUCUGGAUUUGUCCAAAUUAAACAGAUAUGCAUUUUUAGGAGUAAAUGCUGUAUCCAUUGUUUGUGACCUUGUAUUAAUGUGCAAAAAUGCUUGCAGUAUAUUGAAAAGGAAGAAAAGCGCAGUGUCUCAGCUCAUCCACUCCAGAACAGCUCUGUGGUGUUUAGAAAUAGAAGCAUGGAACAGGAUUUAUGACAGUCUGUGUGAAGGGACAGAGAGGUUUAAGGAGAACAUGGACAUACUAGAAAGAGACAUAAGGGCGUUCUAGGGUAUUUACUCACCCUCCCAGCGCAGCUUCUACAGUGGCGGUACAAGAGUAAAGGGUGGUUUAAUGUGAAUAACAGUUUCAGGUUGAUGUCUACUUCUAUGCUUCAUUUGCUGUCUGAUUUAGAGCCCUGGGUGAGAUUGUUGGCCUCCUUAGUGUGUUUUGAAUUCUGUUCAGAUUUGAUGUGGUAGUUCCUGGUGUAUCUUUUUUUUGUUUGUCUGUUUUACCCAAUUUU